AUGCUCACGAGGCUCACAGAGGUGCUCGCGCUCUCCUUCCCCUCCUGUUUCGUUGGCAUCUGCCCGAGCAGCUGGCUGCCGCUCUUCUCUCAGGUCGAGGAGUUUCACCUCAAGCAGCUCUUGUCCGGCUCUUCUCUCACUCUCGUCGAGGUCAUCGCGACAUUCAAGAGGCUUGAAAGUGACUUGAAGACCAGGAUAAUCGCGUCCUUUUAUCAAGUCCGAGCUGGCACCCUCGGCCUCGGUGCUUCGCUUCGCUUGUCUAGCCUGCUGCUAGACAGUCCACAAGCGAUGACAGUGAGGACGGAAGGAAGUUGUCUGGUGCUGAGCUUGCGAGCGAUGGAAGUGAAAGAAAUCUUCAACAUGACAGCGAAAACAGAAGACUUGAAAAGUCUGGGAGGAGAGAUUCUGAAAGCUCUUGAGCUCCUGGACGACCAGUCUUGUCCCGUCCUUGCCUCGCUCUCUCAGCUGACAGACUUGUACCACAAGCUGGAUGGCCUACACUCAGAGGACGGAUCGAAAGUCUUCUCUCCGAUUGAGCUGGCCAGGAUUUUCACUUCCUCUACCUCUGUGAUGCUUCUGUUUACGGAAUUCAGGAACGAUUUGAAGCUUGCGCUGAGCGAGGAGGAGAUUGACAUCCAACAAUGCAUCGUCCCGCUUCUCCGUCGUGUCUCGUGUAUUUCUCGAGGAUUUGCACAGAUGGCGAGCUUUGCCGUCCAGUCUCUGUCUACUUUCGAGCGCAAGACGAGAGACGAGGAGGAGAAGCCUGAAGGAGCGAGGAAGAGGCCAAACUCCGAGGAGGCGAGCAGCUUUGAGAGCUUUCAGGAGUUAACUUGCUCGCUGCUGAAUGGCUGGCCACAGCUGGCUCAGAGGGUGAAGCAUCUCAUCCCUUUGCUUGCGAGCUUUGCGACCAAGACCGAAGAAGGAGAGCACGACUUCUCAGCGGAGGAGGAAGAGAUAACGAGCUCGAUCGAGACGAGCUACCAAGCACUGGAGGAUGUGAUUGCUAUGCUAGAAGCCAAGCACGAGCUGAGGCAACUCAGCUUGACUAACGAAGCUCUGAGCAGAGGAGCUCAAGAGAAGGCGACCGACGCUUGCUGUAGUCACCGUCGAGUUCUUUUCAACGCGCGAGCAGAACUGGUAUCCACAAGAGUCACUUGCGAAGACAAAGUUCAGUGCCAAGUUGUCCUUUGCAACGACUUGCUUUUCAUCAAGCCAGCCUCUAGCUCGCUCUUUUCUUCUUUCACGAGCGACAAUGCUUCGUGUCUCAGCCUAAGGAGGCUCCUUCUCGUCGGCCUCGGCGAUCAUAAUCUGCUUGCAAUCAGAGGCUUUUCCAGCCAUCCCUAUGCCAUCUCCAUUAUCCGCGAGGAAGACGCCCUCCCCGAGCUAUUGUUAAGCUUCGCCGAGGAGGAGGACUUCUCCAAGUUGCUCUCGCUCUUCGCAGCCUGCAGACAGGAGGCGGAGCAGCUUGCUAGCGACCCCUACUUGACGGAGUGA